AUGGCGUGCGGCCUAGAUAUAGCCUCUGAAGGUUACCAACAGGUACAAUUGAGUACCGCGCCUACAGGAGUGUUGACGCGGUACUGUCUGAUAUCACUAGUCUUAGGGUUUAACUAUUCUGUUACUACUUCUGAGUACCGCGCCUACAGUGUUGGUCGCACGGUACCGUCUUUUCACACUAGUGAGACACAAUUGCCUAUUAACAAGUACUGUUUCGAGUACCGCGCCUACAGUGUUGUUCGUACGGUAACUAAACCCUAUGACUAA